AUGAAAGAAGCUCUCCAAAAGGCAGCACAACAAAUGGAAAAAAAAAAUUUAGAGGCCAUGAACAGAAUCAAGAAUGAGCAUCCUGACACGUUUGAAUGGGCUAGAAAGAUACCUUUGGAAAAAUGGACACGUUCUCAUGAUGGAUGGAAACGUUAUGGCUACAUGACAACCAAUACUGUUGAGUCUAUUAAUGGAAUGCUCAAAGGGAUCCGUGCUUUACCAAUAACUAUAAUGGUAGAAAAAAUAUUUUUCCAGUGUGUUGAUUAUUUUGACACACGCCGCACGACCCUCCGUGAGCAACUGCAAAUGGGCUUCAAAUUUACACCAGCAUGUCAUCAAAUAUUACUUGACAAUUUAAAUGAAGCAAACUCAUAUAAUGUCCGAAUCUUUAACCGCGAUUGUGGUGAAUUUGAAGUUUGGAAGGGAAGAUCUGAAACGAAGCAUGUGGUCAAACUUGAUGAAAGGAUAUGCACAUGUAAGAAGUUUGAAGAAAUACGAAUUCCAUGUUCUCAUGUGAUUGCCGCAUGCCGAGCAAUGUCAAUUAAUUAUGAGCAAUACGUUUCAAAUUAUUACACGUUGGAGCGAACACUUAAGUGCUAUGAGUGA